AUGGCCCACACCACCGUCCCCGUCUGCGUCAUGAGUAGAGUAUUAGCAUGGAAGCCAGAAAGGAGGCAAAGAAGCGAAUCUCUACCUGCAGAAGUCGACGAACUAGGCAAAAUCACGAAAAGAAAAAGACAGAUCAGUAGCGAAAAUAAAGAAAGGGUGGAGGAAAGAGACCACAUAGCCAAAGACAAGAUGCAGGAGAAACUGGAAGCGGGACAAGUAACUGAAAGAAAGGAAUAUUCUCAUGAAAUGACUGAGGUGGAAGUGGAAAUGAAGAGCUGUUGUGGUGUAGAAACACAAACAGAAGAAGAAAAUGGAGAGGAGGUAGAGCAUGCCACUGGCGAAGAAAACAUACUGAAUGAACUAUUUCAACUUGACAGUUAUGAAACAUUCAAGGAACUGGCAGCGAAGAGUUGGCCAGAAGAAAUCUAUGAGAGAUCCAAAUUCGAGUUCACAGAUGCCAUAUCAUAUGACGACAGCUAUGAUGAGACUAAACAGGAGAUGGAGGAGGACGAGAUGGAUUUUAAUAACAACCGAAUGCUAUGCUCAAUAAGAAAAAUUAGGGAAAUAGCAGAAAAAUACGAAAGGAAAAAGCUCACAAUAACAGCUACAAAUGGGACAUAUGCAGAAGGGCUAAGAAAAAUGAUUAAAUGUAUAUUUCAUGGUAGUGAUAUGUCGAUAACACUACUGAAGACUAAACAACAACAUAGCCAAAGUGAAGGAGGAGAGAUAAGGAUGGUGCAACAGGAAGCUGAAAGGAAGAGAUAUACAGAGGAAUGGAAAACACAAAACAGAAAAAGACCUGAAACGAUUAUCAUCAAACCGGCAGGAGGAACUGAUAUCGCAUAUGCGGAUAUAGUCGCGAAAAUGAAAGAAUCUAUAGAUACGGAUGAAAUGGGUGUAAAGGUACACAAUGUGAGAAAGACGGCAAGAGGAAAUAUUAAAAUCGUAGUAAAGGUAGUGAAAGAUGGAGCGGUUGAAAACUUCCGAAAAAGGACCAGAGAAAGCCUUGUGGGUAUGGCAACUGAAAUCGAAAAGAGGGUUGAUGAAACUUUUCUUGUUAUAAGAGAUAUAGAAGUAACAACAACCAAAGAACAGAUAGAAAAAGCCAUAGAAGACUCAAUUCAAAACGAUAAAGAAGGAAAUGAUACGAAGAUCCACACAUUGAAUGGGAAUAGAAAAAGAGGGAAUCUAGUAGCUACUGUGAGUAUGAACAAACACGGCGCUGUUGAGCUACUUCAGAGGAGGAAGAUAAUAAUAGAGUGGGCAACAUGCAGAGUACACGAACUACUUGUACCAGAGAGAUGCUCGGGAUGCUGGAAAUAUGGUCAUACGAGGAGAGACUGUAAGGAGACUAGGAAAGAUAUGACAGGAAUAUGUCUGCGUUGUGGGGAGAAGGGACAUUAUGUGAAACAAUAUGAAAAUGCAGCCAAGUGCCAUGACUGCAAAAUCGAAGGACACAUAGCGGGAAGAAUGGAGUGUGAAAUAUAUAGACGAGAGGUUUGGAAAUUGAAAGAAAAAAGAGGAAUGAGAGUGAAUACGGAAAUAAAUCAACAAAAGGAGACACUGAAAGAAGUGGUACUCAGCAGUGAUGAUGAGAAGAAAGUGCACAAAGUACAUGAUGAUGAUAUGGUCGAAACACAAAAUCCUUUCGCGAGAAGUAGAGUAUUAGCAUGGAAGCCAGAAAGGAGGCAAAGAAGCGAAUCUUUACCUGCAGAAGUUGAAGAACUAGGCAAAAUCACGAAAAGAGAAAGACAGAUCAGUAGCGAAAAGGAAGAAAGGGUGGAGGAAAGAGACCACAUAGCCAAAGGUAUGAACAAGAUUCAAAAAUUGAUCGUACAAACAGACUCAUAUGUCUAG